AUGCCACAUAUCGAGAUUUUCAGAGAGCCAGUCUACCGUACCUACCGGUCUUCUGAAUGCAGUUGGGCUGCAUUUUAUAUCAAAUUGAUCAAUAUAUUCCGAUACUUUCUUCCAAUUCUCAUAAUCUUUCUGACGGAUGGUCUCUGGAAAAAGACGAAUACAUUUCGAGAAGUUCCUGAUGUAUCUGUCACUGGAGACUUCAUAGUUUAUGCUUUCGUAAUCUAUGCAUUCUCUCUGAAAAUGAAACUGGAUUAUCAUUCGAUUAUUGAUUCAGAACUAUUACUCACGGACACCAUUCAACUUCCUUCAUUUCCAACAUCUCAAAUUCUAACAACCGCCCGUCUUACUGUAGAUCAAUCGGUUCCUUUUCAAUCAAGAGAGAAAUUCAGAGUAAUUGAUAGAAGACGUCAAGAUGUGGAGCACUAUCAGAUUCAUUCUGUAUUGAGAAGAAUCUCUGAGUCACCGAUUUCGUGGAAAAUGGAACGAAAAUCAAGUAUUCUACUGUCUGCCCCCUCUCCACCACCCACACUAUCUCUCUCUAUCUUUUUGUCAAUUUCUGAAAUGGAAUUCUCGUAUCGAACUGGUUUCUGGGAACUCAUGAAAUGGUUCUGGAUUCAAUACUUUGCUGUAUUCUAUAUUAUUGAUUACUUAUUCACAUCAAUCACAUCGUAUUUAUUCAGAAAUCAUGUAUUUUAUGUCAAUGAUGUUGUUCGAUAA